AUGGCGUCAGAAAUAGGUAUCAGCCCACGGGUUCAGUUAAAUACGUGUGCAGAUUGUGGAGAACCUGCUGUGUGUACAUGUUCUUUAUGUGACACUAAAAUGCAUAUGUGUAUUAAACAUAUGAAUAUCCACAUGGAUACCGUUCACAUGCUAUCCGAGAACACAAAAUGUUCUCUGCAUUUGAAGAACUCGCUAAAAUGUUUCUGUAGAAGUUGUUGUCUGCCCCUGUGUGAUAAAUGUGUGAUAGACGGAGGCCAUGUUUCCCAUAAAAGAAGUGAACUAGCAACUGUCUUAGAAUUCUUAAAGGAAGCAAUAUCAAAUGAAAACAGAGAAUUGAUCACUCACAUUAAACCGUUCUAUCAAAAUAUUUUAGACACCACAGAAGAAAAAUUAAAGGAAGUACCGCUGAUCUAUGACAAAGCGAAAAAAGCUAUCAAAAAUUUUGGGGACUUUUUGCACAAGGUAAUUGAUAAUGCUGUAGACUCUAUGCAUACAAAACUAGAUGAGAAAGAAAAGAAAGACAUGAGAGAGCUACAGAAUCAAAAGGACUUUUACUCCAAAAAAUUUCAAAAAUUAGAUGACACUCUUCUGCAUAACAAAAUGUUACUUGGCUCCAAAAAUGCAGCAGAAGUAGCAGAUUUUAGUUCAAGCCUUGCCUACUUUCAUUUGAAUCCUAGCCAAGUGAAAUUAGAGUUGCCUUACUACAAACCGAAUACAAACAAUCAAGAAAUUCAAGAAAAAUGUUUGGAACUUUUUGGAAAAAUAUUACACACCUCUGAUAAAAAUUUUGUCCCUAAUUUUAAAUUGAAUAAUGCUAAAGACAUUGAAAUGCAACUGUUGGAGAAGCCAGGUAUUUUGAAAAUCCUUUGGAAAUCCAGAUUUCCACCAGAUUCCCUCGAUCAGAAAUUAUACAGUUUGUCUUGUAUAAACCCAGAAACAGUUCUAAUCGGUGGAAACGACUGUAUGCUUUUCAAAAGAGCUUUAAAUUACAAUGAUUCGCAGCAUCUUCAACCCUUUAAAAUCACUUCCAAAGGUUUUUACUUUGCCUUAUCAUCGACUGGUGCGAUAUUCUUCUCAGAUAAAAAUGACAGAUCUGUGAAAAGAAUAAAAAAGCGUAAAUCUAACAAAAUUUCUACGUUUCUGGAAUUUCACCCCUGGGAACCAAAAGGGAUAACUAUGACUCCCUAUGAUCACGUACUCAUUUGCCUGUAUAGAAAAAAACACUCGAAGGUGGUGCAGUAUGCUCAAACUGGAAAUAUUGUACAGGAAAUCCAAUAUACCAAUGAAAAACUUUUAUAUGAGCAUCCCAUGUUUAUCUGUUGCAACAAAAAUGGUGAUAUUUGCACAGCAGAUUAUAAAAAACGAGCCGUUAUCGUUGUAGAUCAAUUUGGCGUCUUUCGGUUUUCUUACAAUGGCCACACACUACCAGAAAGUGGCAAAACCUUUACUCCCUGCAAUAUGGCUACAGAUGACCUGUGCAACAUCGCAAUUACUGACUUUGAGAACCACAAGAUCCAUCUUUUGGACAAAUAUGGGCAAUUUCUUAGAUUUCUAAACCCAGAUGCGGAAAUCAGACAUCCUAGAGCCAUUGCCAUUGAUAAGAAAGGGAAAAUGUGGCUUGGGGAGGGUAAAACUGGACAUAUUAAAGUCUUGCAAUAUUUGAAAUAA